AACUGGAUUAAAAAAAAAUUGUCUGGAAUUUAGAUACUUUGAAAUUGAGGACGACAUAUUCUCUCUUGCAGGAGCUGCUGUAAUUUACCUGGGGAGGGUUUAUUUGGAUAAAAAUGGCAUCACCAGACGACCUGCUGUCCCAGAGAAAUAAAAUCCAGCGCCAGAUUUUGGAGCUGGAGAACGCUCUAGGCGCGGACAGUAGUGUUAUAGAUUUGCUAUCAUCAUCCAGCGACAGUGAUGAAGAGUCAGAUGACAGUGGACAUGCAGGGGAGGAAGCGGUACCAGAAGAUCUUGAGGCAAAGCGACAGCAAAUACAGAAGGAGAUUGAAGCGUUAGAGCAAACACUUGGAGUAGAUGCAGCACUGGUGGCUGGCUUGACAGACAGUGAACAUGGUACUGGCAGUCACAUGGAUUCUAGUGACGAGGAUAGUGAUGAGGAGUUGGAUCUUCCUCAAGAUGUGGAGACUUGUCUGCAGAUGAAUCUGGUCUAUCAGGAGGUGCUGAAAGAAAAGCUAGCUGAUUUGGAGCGCCUUCUCAGUGAAAACCGCCAGCAGCAGAAAGAGAUUGAAGCCCAGCUUUCUGGCCCUGUAUCCGCUUUUCCAGGGCUGCCUCACAUGAAACUUUUCCUUGGCACCUUUAUGAAACCAUAUUUCAAAGACAAGCUCACUGGUUUGGGCCCUCCAGCAAAUGAAGAAACUAAAGAAAGGUUGAGUUAUGGGACCAGGCCCUGUGAUGAGAUGAAGAUUAGAAGAUGGGAGGGAUGGCAGAAGACUUUGCUGAUCAACUCAGUAGUUUCAGACACUAUGAAACGCAUGCUACAGCCUAAAAUGUCCAAGCUGGAUUACCUGACUGCAAAGAUGUCCAAAGCAAAAGAUGUGGAAAAAGAAACACUGAAAAAACAAAUAGUUCUUUUGGAGAAGGAAAUUGAAGAAAUUAGCUCAAUGAGUGAAGACCAGCUGUAUGGGAAUCGCCAUGAUGAUCACGAUUGGGACAAAAUAGCAAAUACUGAUUUUGAGGGCCUACGACAACCUGAGGAUUUGGAGAGAUUCUGGCAAAAUUACCUGCAUCCCUCCAUUAACAAAUCAACAUGGAAACAGGAUGAGAUUGAAAAGCUUUCUGCUGUUGCAGAACAGUUCAAAUUCUGCUACUGGGACCAAAUAGCAGAGGCACUUGGGACCAACAGGACAGCUUUCAUGUGCUUCCAGACGUACCAGCGCUACAUUGCUAAAAGUUUCAGAAAGAGAGAGUGGACUAAAGAAGAGGACCAGGUCCUCCGUGACCUCGUAGAGAAGAUGAGAAUCGGCAACUUCAUACCAUACACUCAAAUUUCGUACUUUAUGGAAGGUCGUGAUCAUGCCCAGCUCAUGUAUCGUUGGACAUGUGUUCUUGAUCCCUCGAUAAAGAAGGGCCCUUGGUCAAAAGAAGAGGACCAGUUAUUGCUGAAAGCUGUGGAAAAGUAUGGGCCCAAGGACUGGUGGAAAAUCAGACUGGAGGUACCUGGCAGGACAGACAAUGCGUGCCGAGACAGAUAUUUAGAUUGCCUCCGAGAUGACGUGAAAAGAGGUGCAUGGAGUGAUGACGAGGUGGAACUGCUGAAAAAACUUGUUGAGAAAUAUGGUGUUGGUAAAUGGGCUAAGAUUGCCUCGGAAAUUCCAAACCGGAUUGACAGUCAGUGUUUGAACAAGUGGAAAUGGAUGAUGCGGACCACUGCUAAACAUGGUAUAAAAAGAGAAAAAAAUGGAUCAAUGAAACCAAAGUCAAAAAAGAGAAAAGUGACCAGGAAAAUGAUCAAAGAGGAAAGUGAAACGGACUCUAAUUCUGAAGAUGAGAAAAUAAAAGUGGAGUACAUAGAUAGUGAUGGAGAAGAGAGAGGAGGUAACAUCCCCUCAGAAGAUGACACAGACCCUAGAGAAGAGUACAUCCAGCCUGAUAUGAAGGAAUGGAUCCCAGUAGAUGGCAGGGCAAAGAUGCAUCCUGAAGUGACUGUGAGGACCAUGCUGGUCAGGUUGCCUACCAGGGAGGAAAGGCAACCUUCUGGAAUGAACAGUACAGAUGACAGAGAUACUUCAGGUGACUACACUCAGAGCCACAGGCCAGUACGGAGUACCAUGCUGGACCCUCUGGGAUACCCUGUUAAGACGUACAUGGGUAUAGAACCACAGCCUUUAGACAAGUGGGAUCUCUGCAAUGAAAGGGCCAUGAUCCAAGUGCCUAUAAACGAUGUGAAAAACCUGCUGAUUUGGAAGAAAGCAUCUGCAGUGAAAGGGAGAACCAAGACCAAACCAUGCAUAUCUUCAGCUAAAAGACAGAUGAAUGCACAAAGUGAUGGACAAGAGACAAGCAGACUUAAGAGUGGUCAGGCAGUCAAACGCAAACAAACCACUCGUAUCUCUAAGGCAGUAAUCAACGCUAACCUCGACUAUGCUCUCCUGAUGGCUGUUAUUCCAUGGGUUGGCAAUGUGUUACUGCCCCUUCCUUUCAGCGAAAAGAAAGUCUGUGAAGCUGACGUUGCUCGAACAAGAGCAGCAGAUAUUCCUCUCACAAGAACGGCAGUGUUUUUGCUUUUUCUGAAGGUUAUUCAAAUAGAUGCUGAAGGCUGCAAGAAAGUCAUUGAGGCUCAAAAAAACAAGCCAAGACCCCAAACAGCCAAGCGGUAUCCAUCUGUUAGGACAAAGACGGUGGCAAUGCUGCUUGCUGAGAAGGAGCAGAGGGAGAAGAACUGCAAGGCCACACAACUCCCAGAUCCCAAGCAACCUCCACCAACCCCACAGGCUAGCAAAUUACCAAUUCAUACAAGUCCUCAACAGAACAAGAAACCACAAACAAGAAAAAAGAAAGCAAUGACAGAGCCUACUUCGAUGGCUUACACAAAUAUACAUCAGGGAGUACUCCCCCCACAGCCUGUUGGACCAGGAAUUUUACCUUUUCUGCAAUCAGGUACACAGGGUACAACACAAACUCUUCAGCCAUUAUUGCAGCUGGUAGUACCAGUAGAACCUGGUAAAUCAGCACAGCUGGCAGCCCCUCCCACAACCUCAAUAUCUAGCCCAUCCUCUGUUGUACCCCCUACAGAGAACGCAGAGAAAACAAGGACUUCAAAACGCAAAUGCAAGCCCACAAUGAAAGCCCAGGCCUUGAAGGAAAAUGUUAAAUCCAAGGCUUGCAAGAAACGGUCUGCUAAAAAUAACCAAAGUGGUGGUGAUGCCCCUACAGUUGCUGUAUUACCACAAACUACAGCUUGGAUUCUCACGUCUGCUGGCUUGAUGCCUCUUCAGCUAUCUUCUCCUGGUAUCAUUGGUAAUCAGAACCAAGUAAUGCCCAACAGUGUUCCUCAGUUGUUACUUCAGCCACCUGUCGUAGUUAACGAGAAUCGGCUUGUCCGUGCUGUGGGGCCAAGCAAUACAACAACUGUCACCCCUGCUGAUGUGGCAUCUCCAACAGCAGGAACAAAUCUUAAUCAGAGCCUUCCACCUUCCAUAGUCUCAAACAGCCCCAGUGUUUCCUCUCUUCCCACAGUUAAUAAUGUCCCCAACGUCUCCUCAGCUGUCACAAGUACAAGUGUUCCUUUAGUCCCACCUAACACUACAAAUGUGCCCACCUCUGUUACCGCAUCUGCUGUUCAGGUGCCACUUCCUGAAAUCCAACGUAAUCAAAAACAAAACAUCUUGAAUGUUGUCCCUCAGGUGCCAUUUCAGUCACCUGUAAUUUUGAGCCUGAGUGCUUCCCAUGCAGGUCCUUCCAAUGCUGUGAGACCUAUGAGUCCUUUCAAUUCCUCUCUAUCUCCAGUUGCAAAUGGAGCUUGUCUUACAUCUUAUCCUGUGGGAACAAGUCAGAAUUUCACAUCAGAUGCAACCAAAGUCUCUUCAACUCCAUCUGUUGGUAAUGUUGUCAGUGUCUCUACAGCUUCUACUGUCACAAGUGCACCUGUCAUCCCUCCAGUUCAACCUUUUGCUUUGAACAUUUCCAGUCCAGUAGUCCAGAUGCCUUCUCCUACCAUCUUAGGUAAUCAGAAUAAAAGAAUGUCAGACUGUGUUUCUCAGGUGGUCGUUCAGCAACCUAUCCUAGUAAAUCAAAAUGGUUCUUUGGCACUCAUAAGUGCUGCUGGACCACGCCUACCUACAAAUAUCCGUCCAGCCCCUGUCGCAAAUAUUUCUAACGUUCCACCCAGCCCUGCAACAUCUUCAGCUUCUUCUGUUAAUAAUGUACCUGCUGUACACACUGUCAGUACAACUUCUGUUGCUGGGAGUGACAUUUCCACAGUUGCAACAUCACAUGCUAUUCCGCAGGCCAAUUUUGUGUAUGGCCUCACAGUUCCCAUCCAACACAGCUUGCCAACCCCUUCAGUCGGGAUAUGUGCUAGUACAUCAUUCAGACCUAUGACUCCUAGUUGUCAGAUUUUGCCUCAAACUGUAGUACAGCUGACAGGCCUGCAGGCAAAAAAGCAGCCCCUUCAGACAGGAACCACCACAUCUAAUCCAAGCCCCAAACCUGGUGCUUUGUCUUUUGAGUCUAACCUCAUGUUCCUUGAGGAUCCAGCUCAAGUGAAGAACUGGAUGCAAGGAAAUGGUGGAAUUUCACUGGCUCAACUGGAGAAAAAAAUGCCCUACCUUCCCCCAUUUGUCAGCAGUAUCAAUACACUGGUCUCUUUGCUCAAGGCAAAAGAGUCUUUUUUGCGGGGAGCAGUGCAGCUCCUGCCUGAAGAGGAACGAGCCAAAAGUGAGGAGGAAGCUAAGGUAGCUGCUAUACGGAAACUGGUAUCUGAACGAUUUAAAACCAACCCUGCAUACUCACUUCUGAAGGCUCGGUUCUUAUCAUGUUUUACUUUACCUGCCCUCUUGGCCACCAUACACCCAUGUAAAGAGUCCAGAUUGCCUGGUUCAGCCGUGCUUAGUGGUGACGAAGAUGAAGAAGACGAUAAGGAUGAAGUCAAGCUGAUACAGGGUGGAAGUGAAGAUCAGCCUGCUGUGGUUUUGCUCAACACAAAUGCAAGUGAAGCAUCAGCAACACAGUUCUCAGGGAUGAAUGCAAGAAAGCAAAGCAACAGCCAUACUACUGCGUAAUGGGGAAGCAAGCAUCAUACUUUUUACUUGAGAACAGGAUAUUAAUAAAAGUUCUUUUUUUGGGUUCUGUAAACUGUUACGUUAUGCUAAUUAUGUUAUUGAAAUGCUGAGAGUUCAGUGCUAAUUGUGCAUUUAAUUGCUUACACUAAAUUACAUAAUUGCUAAAAAAAAAAAAGCUGUAAAAUAUUUAUAAUGUGUUGUAUGUUUUUGUCCAAAGAA